AUGGGCAAAAAAAAGCGCGUCCACCGCUUGAUCGCGCCGGAAACGCGGCCCAUCCCCGCCGAGGACCUCAUGGGCCCGCCGAAUAAAAAAAAGAAGAUCCGUAAACAAAUAGAGAAGCGCGCGAAGCGCGCCGCGAAGGAGGAGGCCAAGGCCCUCGCGCGGGCGCCGCGCAUCCAGCGCUCGGCGCAGCCGCUCAACGCGCCGGACCACGUCGUCUCCAGUUUAUGGAGCGGCCCGGGCAGUGUUGAUGAAGCGACGAAGCUAAGAAGGAAGGCCCUCGGCGUCGUAGUAAGAGGGGCGGCCGCGCAGUGCCCGGCGCCUCUAGAAGAUGACGUAAAGUGGGGCGAUGCAAGACUGCCGCAGCCGCUCUGGCGGCGGGCCGGCGCGAAGCUGAACGACGCGACGUUCACGGCCGUGCAGCGCCAGGCCUGGCCCGCCGCGUUAGCCGGCUUGGACGUCCUGGCCGUGGCGCCGACGGGGUCCGGGAAGACGUUGGCGUACGUGCUGCCGGCGGUGGCCCGCUUAAGGAGGGAAUCUUCCGUGGCCGUGGCGUUAGCUCCAACGCGCGAGCUCGCGAAGCAGGUGCUCGCGGCCGUGAAGCGAGCGUUACGGGGCGGCACCGAGACCGCUAUUCUAGUCGCGGGCGGCGCCGGCGCGUCGUCGCGACCGGAGCAGGCCGAUGCAUUGCGGAGCGCGCAUUUUGUGGUUGCGACGCCCGGCCGCCUCGCUGAUUUAGCGUCCUCGAACCUGGCGCCGCGCUUGAACGACGCCUCAAUACUAAUCCUGGACGAGGCCGACCGCAUGCUCCAGCUCGGCUUCGAGGAGCAAUUGGACGCCGUCGCGGCGAGCGUGCCCGGGAAAAGGCAGACGUUGCUGUUCACGGCGACGUUCCCGGGCAAGCUGCGGGACGCGGCGGCGCGCUGGGUGCGAUCGUUAACCGUGACGGUGCGCGUCAACGCGUCGAAGGGCGCCGCGGAGCUCGAGGCUUCUUCUAGCGUGCCCGCGCCGCCGCCCGUCGCCGCCGCUGACGCGGAUGACGCCGCCGCGGCGGCGCCGCCGCCGCCGACGACGACGCUCGCCCGCGUCCCGCCGAACGUAGUACAAAGAGUCCACGUCUGCGCGCCGCACAAGCGGCCGCGGUUGUUGCUGCGGUUUUUGGAGAGAGUCAAGGCGAACGCGACGGGCCGGCAGCAAAAGCGCGUGCUGAUCUUCGCGAACACGGCCCAGGCCUGCGGCGAGGUCGCCGAGUUAAUACGGCGCCACGACGGCAAGGCCGUCGAGCUGCACGGCAAGCUGCGCCAGUCCGACCGCGACAAACAUUUAUUAGCGUUCAAGGCGGGCAAGACGCCCGUCCUCUGCGCGACGGACGUGGCGGGCCGCGGCCUGCACGUUCCGGGCCUCAAGGUCGUCGUCAAUUGGGACUUCCCGCCGUCGCUCGAGACGUACACGCACCGCGUGGGCCGCGCGGGCCGCGGCGGCGAGGCCGCCGAGGCCCUGUCGCUGUUCACGCGGAACUUCGCGCCGCUGGCGCCCGCGCUCGUGGCACUGCUCGAGGGCUCGUCCCAGGCCGUCGACCCGCAGCUGCGCGAGUGCGCGACCAAGCGUGAGGCGCGGGUCGCGGCGCGCGCCGCCAACGACGAUGCUGAGGAAGAGGAGGAAGGCGAGGACCUGUUCCUCGCGGCGAUGAGGGCUGCGGGGGUUGUGGAGUAAGUGUAAUGUUAGCUCUAGAGUACACUACUAAAGCUCGGCGCGGGAUUCCGGCGCGCGGUGCAGACGGACGCCGUGUGCGCGCGGCGAGAAGGACUUCGCCGGUCGAGGCACCUUGAACAUGUCGCGUCGCCGGGCCUCGAGUAGCAGCCCGACCGUCGUCCCGACCAUCAGAGCGAUCAGCACGGCCAUCAAACCCCAGCCCUCCUUCGAACGAUCGACGACGUAGGUACGGUUACUGCGGCAGAGUUUUGUGGGUGUCGUGGAGUUGUACGACGAGUCGCUUUGUUUACUCAAAUACAAGGAGACUGGUAGAUUACCGCGGAAUUGCAGGUGCGAGCAUUUUGAAAAACGAACAAACUCGCAUUUAACGAAGCGCACCGCGCCCCACGCUCUGACGGAUAUCGCGCCGGCGACGCUCUCCCUUAUAAGGAAGUACCUCGUGGCGCACGACACGCCCCUGUACAACCUCGCGCGGGAACGGUUACUGAAGGAGAUCAAAGCGGUCGAGCGGGCCACGGGCGCGCGCCUGGGCAAGACGUGCGGCACUAAUGGCGACGAUGAUGAUGGAGAUGAUGACGCGACGCUCGUCCGGGCGCGGCCCGGUGGGAAGUAG